CUAAUCUUGAUGCGUUCCGAUAGUUCAAAGGUACUUCCGGUCAAAAGACAAAUGUUGCAAUAUAUUAGAAUGUAACUUUCAGAGGUCUUUUCAAAAUGCCGGGUAAGAAGAAGCCAUUCAUUGAUAAGAAGAAUGCAGUGACCUUCCACCUUGUGCACAGGAGUCAGAAGGAUCCACUUCAGGCCAGUGAAGAUGCAUCCAAACAUGUCCUCCUACAAGCUGGCAGUAAAAAGGAUUUUGACAAAAAGAAAGAGGAAGAGAGGAAGUAUGGAGUAUUUUAUGACGAUGAAUAUGACUACAUGCAGCAUUUGCGAGAAACUAAUGAAGCAUAUGUGUUGGAGGCUGUUGAUGACAAACGUAUAUCAUCAAAACGAGAGCAACAGGCAGUUAAAAUCCAGCUCCCUUCCACAGCAUUUGCAUCUGAUAUAGAAACUGAAGUAGGCCUUUUGAAUAAGGCAGCUCCAAGCAGAGGGCCAAAGCUUGAUUGGGACCCAGACAUAGUUGCUGCCCUUGAUGAGGACUUCAAGUUUAAUGAUCCUGAUAACCAGUUAGAAGAUAAUUUCAUGGAACUGGCUAAUGCUGAGGGCCAAUUUGGGGAGGAGGAAGGAGAAUUUGACAGUGAUGAAUGUGAUAUGGAUUCGAAUGAUGCAAACAUGUCUGAUGAUGAGAUGCGAGGUUUCCCAGGUGACCAGAUGUUUAUGGAAGAGGAAACUAAGUCACGAUUCACCAGCUACUCGAUGUCUUCGUCAGUCAUUCGCAGAAAUGACGGUCUUACACUGCUAGAUGAUAGAUUUGAAAAGUUUUACGAGCAGUUCGACGACACAGAGAUUGGACCACUAGACCAUGAGGAUAUAGAGGGUGCUGUAGACCAGAAAAGCUACAUGCUCAACACCAUCCUCGAGGAAUUUGAGAAAGAACAAGAUGCAAAGAAGCUGAAGGAUGUUGUGGAUGAGAAUAUGGGGGAGGAGGUGGAUGCAAAGAGCGACGAGUCUGAGGACGAUGGAGAUAUGGUUGAUGUGGAGAUCGAGGAACCCGGCGAAAAGUGGGACUGUGAAUCUAUCCUUAGCACAUACUCGAACAUCUACAACCACCCAAAAUUGAUUGAGGAACCAAGCAAGUCAAAGGAAAGGAAAAUAGAAUUGACAACCCGACUAGGAAUUCCAAACGAGUCACUUAAGAAGCCAGUGUUGUCACGGAAACAGAUAGAGCAGGCAGAGAGGGCUGCCAAACUAGCUGACAGGGCAAGCACAUACCGACCAAAGGAUGAAACGCCACACGAGAAAAAGGAAAGGAAACAGGCUAUAAAGGACGAGAGGAAGGAGAGAAGACAAGAGAAAAAGGCAAACAAGAAAGCAUUCUCAGAAGAAAAGAUCAGAUUGGAAAAAGAGCUGAAAAACUUAAAAAACAAUUUACAAGGUGUAAAAAUUGUCUGAGAAAACAUUUUUUGUGAUUUUUUGAAGACAUGACAUGGCAGCUUCUGAGUAUCUGAUACAUGAGCUGAUGUAGGGUAGGUUGGCUGUAUUGCUUAGCGUGUCUUUUCGAUGCCUUUGACAGUCUGGAAGGUAUUUUCACCAUUGGAAUAUAAAAUCAAUAAGGAAGAUGCAUGCAUUUGGUACCUUGACUUGAAGAAAUGGUGAUUGAAAAAAUGCUUUCCUUUGUUUUAAGUCUGUGUAACAAUGACUUAAAGCUAAAAUCAACUAUAGAUAUGAGUUGUGCCGUCUGUCAUUAUUGCUUUAACAAAGCAAGAUAUAAUUGCAAGCAUUCCUACCUUCAGAAGAGUACACUUCCUGUGUACUGACCACAGGCCAUACUCUGAGUAUGUGGUGCCUUGGUGGUGAUAAGCAACUCGCCUCCUGUGUAACCAUCACACUACUUCUCGUGUAUUGACCACACUACUUCCCGUGUACCGAACACAGGCCAUACUCCGGGUACUUGGUACCUUGGUAGUAUUAAGCACCUCACCUCCUGUGUACUUACCACAUCACUUUCUGUGUAUUGACCACACUACUUCCUGUGUAUUGACCACAGGUCAUACUCCUCCUGGAUGUGGCAGUACCCCACUUCAAUGUACUGAUCAAAUGUGCACAUACCUGGAGAGGCAACACAACACUUCCUGUGCACUAACUACAGGUCAUACUCCUUCUUGAGAUGGCAGUACUCAAUUUCCUGUGUACUGACCACACUGCUUCCAGCAUUCUGACUAGACUAGUUCCCUCCCUUUAUUUCUCUACUCUGUGCCAGGACUGGCCAUGGUCUGCUUUCACCAAGGACUGGUAUUGGGUAACCAUGUUCAUCUUUCCAUUAGUUGAUAUUUUAAUAUCCGUUGACGUACAGCCUCCGAUUGGCUAUAUCAUUUUGAGUCAGAAAUUUUCUAUUGGAGAUAUCAAAACGAAAAUAUCAAGAAUGGAUUAAUAAAGAGACGCUCUUAGAUGGAACAAAAAAAAUGGACAUUGUCCACAAAAUGGCUGCCAAGUGAAGGCUUCCAAUUGGUCAAAAUGUUGGUAAACCACUUCCUGUGUACUAACCAUACCACUUCCUGUGUAAAACCAUACCACUUCCUGUGUACUAACCAUACUACUUCCUGUGUACUAACCAUACUACUUCCUGUGUACUUACCACACCACUUCCUGUGUACUAACCAUACCGCUUCCUGUGUACUUACCACACCACUUCCUGUGUACUAACCAUACCACUUCCUGUGUACUAACCAUACUACUUCCUGUGUACUAACCAUACCACUUCCUGUGUACUAACCAUACCACUUCCUGUGUACUAACCAUACUACUUCCUGUGUACUAACCAUACCACUUCCUGUUUACUAACCAUACUACUUCCUGUUUACUAAUCACACCACCUCCUGUGUACUGACACUAAUGUCACUAAGUACCUUUGUGUACAAAUGGAGGGUGGCCCUUCCUUUUCCUGUGUAGAAUUUACUACCUUAAGAUUGAUAUCUAGCUGAAUGUGUUCAGCAAUGUUGUGUUUUCAUAUUAAACAUGCAGGUAUGAGUGAUACAUGUAUUGUGUGAUGCAAGUGUGAAUUUGAUUAGAUGACAGUGUUCAGAAAAGUUAAUUUAAGUAAUAAAAACCUUUUAAGAAUUAA